AGGCUUGUGUGGGCGAGAGGGAGAGGGAGAGAGAGAGAGAGAGAGAGAGAGGGGGAAGGGGCUUGUCUUGGCUCCCAUGGACGGCCUCAGAUCGAAGUCCUUCAACGACGGAAGGAUGCAGGUCGAGGUCUACAGCGGCCGGCCGCCACAUCCCCCUUCCAGCAUCUACGAUUUCAGGAGUUACAGCGUGUCCUAUGCCUCCUCCGUCCAGCCCGGCGGUGGCUACGGUGGAUACGGCUCCAGGGAGGUCAAGUUCGACAAGGGGAAGGGGACCUCCGGAUCUUCGAAGAAGGGGUGGGUCUUCAGCGACCCGGAGUUCCAGCGGAAGAAGCGGGUGGCCAGCUACAAGGUCUACGCCGUCGAGGGGAGGAUGAAGGGCUCCUUUAGAAGGAGCUUCAGGUGGCUUAAGGAUAGAUACACCAAGGUGGUCUAUGGCUGGUGGUGAUCCCUUCAUCUGGGAAUAAGUCAACACAGGUUGGUUGCAGUUCGAGUUUUCAUCGCAGGAAGGUGAUCUGCCUCAAGUUUGUUCCUUGUAACUUCCAUUUUGAGAGGGCAAAAUAUCAGAAUAACUUAAACAGCCUUUGUAAUCCCAUUUGAUAUAUUUGUUUUUACUUUUUAGCCUGAUGUUGUAUAGGCCAUUUAAGAUGUGUCUCAUGAUCUGUAUAACUAUCAAAGUGCAGGUUCUAUGCAUUUGCUUUGGUAAUCUAUGAAGUGCUACAUUGUUUAUGAACCUAGUAAUGUGGGGUAAUUCUUAUGUGAGCUUAUAUUUGGUUUGACUAGU